GCGGAGGUCGACUACCGCGACGCCGCCAUCCUCGACCAGCCGCAGCUGCGCGCGAGCGGUGCCGUCGUCGACGUCGGCCUCGAGCCGCGGCCGGGCUGGACGCGGAAGGCGGGCAGUCUGCCGCUCGGCACCAGCGCGGCGGAGGCGCGCGAGCUGCUGAAGCCGCUCGCGGCGACGCCGGUGCUGAGGCUGCCGCACGCGCGCGGGCUCCUCUGCUCCAUCGACGACGCCGCCGCUUUCAACUCGCUUGCCGACAAGCUGCUCCGCAUCCCGACGUGGUGCGCGAAGUGCUUCCAGCCGUGCAGCAAGGAGCUCGCCGGGUGGCUGCCCGCCGAGGAGAUCCGGCGCGGCGGGGGCUGGGACAAGAUGUCCUACUGCAUGAAGGUCGACGUGCCGCCCAAGUUCGACGCGGGCGGCGCGUGCUCGCUAAACGUGCAGCCGUGA